AUGUACAAUCCGAUUGAUGCGCAGCUGCAGUUGCUUGCAGAGAAAUGCGGACUUGAUGAGGUUACUUUGAAGCUAGCGAUCUGCUUGUUUGCAUCAUUUCCGCUAAAUGGGAUCCUCAAGAGACUCCCAGAUGAGAGGAUCACGUUGAAAUGCUAUUUUAUCAUUGCUAUUUCGGCGUUUUACAUUUUCGGGGUGCUUAAUCUGUACGAUGGGUUUGUGACUUUGUUCAUCAGCACGAUGUUUACGUAUGUGAUAACGAGGUACUACCAGUCGCGGUUCAUGCCGUAUGUGAAUUUUGUGUUUGUGAUGGGCCAUCUAGCGGUUAACCACAUGCAUGCGCAGUUUUUUGCGGUGUACGAUCCGUCGAAGAUCGAUAUCACUGGGGCACAGAUGGUUCUUGUGAUGAAGCUAACGUCGUUUGCAUGGUCGUAUUACGACGGUACGCUAGCGGAUCAGAAGACAUUGACCGAGUACCAGUUGGCCAGAUCGGUGCAGAAGCACCCCAGCGUGCUGAGAUUUCUGGCGUACGCGUUCUUCUACCCAUCUUUGCUAACGGGCCCCAGUUUCGAUUAUGCAGAUUUCGAGUCCUGGUUGGAUUGCGAGAUAUUCAGGGACUUGCCCGAGUCUAAGAAGCCCAGACGUAAGUGGAAGAAGGACCCAACUAUCAGAAGACAGAUCCCCAAGAGUUCCGGGGUUGCGAUCGUGAAGAUUUUGCAAGGUAUCUCGUGGCUAGCCAUGUCGUUUGUCGCCAAGGACUACUUCUACCCGGAAUACCUGUUCACGCCGGAGUUCGCCAACGAAAAGAGCUUCAUAUACAAGAUCCACUACUUGUUCGUCCUAGCGUUUGCGUACAGAUUCAAGUACUAUGCUGCGUGGACCAUCUCCGAAGCCUCUUGCAUCGUGUGCGGAUUGGGUUACAAUGGCUACGAUAAGAAGCUCAACAAGAUCAAGUGGAACCGUGUGCAGAACAUUGAUAUUUGGAAGUUGGAAAUGGCUCAAAACACGCAUGAGACUCUCGAGGCCUGGAACAUGAACACAAAUAAAUGGUUGAAGAACUACGUUUACUUGCGUGUCGCCAAGCCCGGCGCCAAGCCUGGCUUCCGCUCCACUUUGUUCACUUUCUUGACAUCAGCAUUCUGGCAUGGUACCAGACCCGGAUACUACUUAACUUUUGCUACAGGCGCUUUGUUCCAAACUUGUGGUAAGAUCUAUAGAAGGAACUACAGGCCAAUAUUCAUGGCCAAGGACGGUAAAACACCCCGGAAGUUUAAAUUCAUUUACGAUAUAAUCACUUUCUAUGUCACCAAGCUAGCGUUCGGUUAUCUGGUCCAACCGUUUGUCAUCUUGGACCUCGGAAAUUCGUUAUACGUAUGGAAAACCGUCUAUUUCUACAUUCAUAUUGGUAUAUUGGCCACCUUCUUUGUAUUUAAGGGUCCAUUCAGCAAACAAUACGUGAAAUGGCUACAAUCUUUCCAACCAGUGCAAGUAGAGAUGAAAAGAAAGAAGAAGUUGGAGGACGAAUUGGCUUCUGGUUCUGGUUCUUUGAGCUCCAUUAUUGCGCAGAAACAAGCUUUCGAAAAAGCAGAGGCCGAGGCAGAAGCCGAAUUCGAACUGGCCAUGGAUCUCGGUAUUCCUUCUGUCGACCUAGACAAGGAUCAUUUAGAUGAGGCAAAGAAAGAGUUGAAAGAAUUCAGACGCCAAUACGAGGAGUGGAGAAACGAGAAAGGUUUAGAAAUUGAGGAAGAAAAUUUGCGUAGAGCUUACGAUAAAUUUACUCAACAAUUUUCCUCUGCUAAGAAUCAAAAGAGAAUGAGUUUCAGUGACUACUCACCAACGCCAAUAGAAAAGAAGAAAGAUUAG